AUGCCAGGGUACAGUAGUUCGCAUGGGAUAACGGCAAAGAUAAGAAAGGAGAUUAACUUCAUGGACGAGUUGAAGUGGAGGGAGUUCUCCUCCAGGAGACUGGAACUGAUCAACAAAUUCCAACUCAGCGAGUACAAGGCAAGUGAGCAGGAUCAGAAUAUAAAACAUAUAGCAAACGUGCUGAGAACAGAGUUUAGGUUCCCGCUCUCUGCACAAUCACAGUUUGAAAAAUUGGUCACCGCGGCAGUACAGUCCGUGAGAAGAAACAGAAGAAGGUCGUCAAGGAGACACUCGGCCACUGCAGCGGGUGGGGGCGGUGGCGGUGGGGGCGGGGUCCUUACCCCCGCUGCAAGGAAGCCAAGUCUUCCGGGACCCUUGAAACAAGAAACUUUGCAAGGCCUCCUGGUGACACCGUUGCCAAGCGAUACAAAUAUAGCAACACCAAUGACUAAAGUCCUGCCACCACCAGCGGCUAUCUCUUUACACACAACCAAUAAUAGCUCCAUUUCGCCGCGUUCUGCAUUGUACCAUCACGCCCCGCCACAAUUCCCAAGCCACAAAAUAGAGACACAACAACAACCCCCAAAGAACCCAGAGACCGUGCAGAACACGGGCACCGUGAAUGAACACCUUAUCAAGACAGUGAUACUGGAUAUUGUUAACAACGUGAUACCACUCGCGGAACAAUCGAAAAUGGAUAUCACCUCGAGGGGGCCCAACCUUCUCUCCUUUAUACAACAGGAAACCCCACAGGGAUCACAGCCACAGACGCAACCAGCGCGCACUUUGAACCUCGAUAAGCCAAACAGUAUGGGUUCUGGAGGUGGACUCAUUCCCUUUUUCUUGAAGGAGAAACUACUGCUGAGCGUCCAGAGGUCCAAGACAUGCUUCGACAUAUCGAAGCAAACGGAAUCAGUCUCUCAAUACAACAGCAACUUGAUCAACAUGGGUCACUCGGCAAUACUCAUAUCAAUUCAGUUCAUAAUGGAGAGAUUCUUCCCACACAUAAAAUUCGCAUCCGCAGAAUACAUAAUGCAACAGACAACCGCACCGGAGCUCCUCUCAACUCUUUCCACUAACUUAUUCGACCCUGCAACGAGAAGCAAUCUCGCUGUACAGCACACGGGGACAAAACUCGCUUUGCUCCACGUCAUAAUCGGCGCCAUCAUCAAGGAUUUCGGGUUUGACCCAACUCUAUACCAGCUGAGCGAGAUCUUCAACCAUAUCAUUAUCACAAAAUACCCGCUGCCCAGGACUGGGGGGACUCCACCGCCGGACACACUGCCCGUAGACCCACGGAGCACAGUGCUCGCGACGCUGUCCAUGAAACCGCAGGCGGCUAACAGCGAGGUGUGCAGGAAAGUCAAGAUAAGGUUCAACUCGAAGGAACAGGAUUUCAUGUUCCCGUUGCUCAGUAAUGGGCCUCCAACGGUCGUCGAAAUCGUGGAAAAUUGUAAGAAACUGUUCGGAGUUGUAUCAGACUGUGGCAGCCCCCUCGGUAUAUUCUACAUGGAACAACUCAUUGGUGACGACUUGAAGUUGGCAAAACUUUUCAACGAUCUCUCCACUGAAUGCCUCAUUUUAGAGUUACAAAGAAUUUAA